AUGGGUUGGUUUUGGGCAGACGGUUCUCAAGUCGGGGCCCGAUCACAGCCUUUAUCGCAUCGCUCCUUUGGAUCACAAGAUGGAGGGCGUAUACCCCCUCCAGGGUGUCCGAUGCAUAAACACCAGAAGUCAGCCGAUGCAUUAACUUCUCCCCCAGCUGCCUGCCCAGUGAAGCAUACCCCCGAUGCUACUAAACCUCCCUCGGCAUGUCCUGUGCCCCAUGAGUCUAGAGGUGAUUGGAAAGAAGAACGCGAUUCACAAUCGACAUUUUCGAAACUGAACCCUCUAAACUACAUGUUUCGCGACCUUUCGCAAACACCGGCUCCAGAUCAAACACAAGCUCUCCCUACCUCUCGAGAACCUUCAACUAUUCCCAGAGGCGAUGGCGACGGCAAUUGGGAAUACCCAUCGCCCCAGCAGAUGUACAAUGCUCUUCUUCGCAAGGGUUACACAGACACAGAUGUUACUGCGGUAGAGAGUAUGGUGAGUGUGCACAAUUUCCUGAACGAGGGAGCAUGGGCCGAAAUUAUGGACUGGGAAAAGCGAUUCGCGGGAGGUCUAUACAAGGGAUGGCGUUUGUGCAGUCAUGGUGAACAAAACUUUGAGAAUAUGGCGAAAAAAUAUGGAUAUGAGAAAGAAAUGGAGGAUUUGAGCCCGAGCCUUGUUAGGUUCCAAGGGCGACCGAAGGACUUGACGCCGAAGGCUACUAUGUUCCAAGUCAUGGGUUGGAUAUACCCUGCAGCAUUUGGUACCGAGCCACCAUUCGAUCGACACGAUUGGUACGUAUCCCGAGAUACGGACGGCCAACGGAAAGAAGUUCGUUACAUUAUUGACUACUACUCUGGACCACCUGAGCCUACGGGAGAGCCUGUAUUCUUCCUUGAUGUUCGACCUGCCAUGACACCGAGUGGAGCAGCUGAGAGAGCAUUAAGAUGGGGAUGCGAUGUAUGGUGGAAGGCUAUAGGAGGUGAUGCCCGCGAGGAAGAAAAACUGAGGAAGAUAAAAGGGUAA